UUUUCACCACCUGUUAGUGCAGACCCCCCUGCUCUGGGAUUUGCUCGUUUAUGAGGGAGUUUUCACACUCACGCUAUCACAGAGCUCUAUGACGGUGCGAAAAGGAAAAAAACUGACUAUAUCCAUCCAGGAACACAUGGCGAUCGAUGUAUGUCCUGGCCCCAUCCGACCAAUCAGACAAAUCUCCGCCUACUUUCCUCGCCUGUCUCCCACAUCCUCCGUGUCUGAGCCCCUCUCCCCCAACCCGGCUGGCUUCCCGUCAGCACUCAGCACGGCCAGCGGGACUUCGAUGGUGGGGGGCGGCGGCCUUUUGUCCCCAAUGCUGGCGGGAGCCACGGGGGGAGGAGGGACCCUGUCGCUGAUGGGCAGCGUUGACACGUCUGUGGAGAUUGACAGCUGUGACAGUGAUGACAGCACCUCUUUGGGCACCCUGGAAUUCAGCCUACUAUAUGAAAAAGACACCAGCUCCUUGCACUGCACUAUACUCAAAGCUAAGGGUCUGAAGCCAAUGGAUUUCAAUGGCCUGGCAGAUCCGUAUGUUAAACUGCACCUGCUUCCUGGAGCCUGCAAGGCAAACAAGUUGAAGACUAAGACUGUUCGUAACUCUCUGAAUCCUGUGUGGAAUGAGACUCUCACCUACCAUGGCAUCACCGAGGAGGACAUGUACAGAAAAAUACUCAGGGUGUCAGUGUGUGAUGAGGACAAGCUGACCCACAACGAGUUUAUUGGGGAGGUUAGAAUACCUCUACGGCGACUGAAGCCAGACCAGCCUAAGCACUACAACAUCUGUCUGGAGCACCCGCCUCCUCUUCCAUCUCCUACCGCCAUGAGUACGGCGCUACGCGGGAUCUCCUGCUACCUGAGAGAGUGGGAGAAUGAGCUGCAGAGGAACCUGGAGGAGAGGGGGCGGCUGCUGCUCUCCCUGCAGUUCCUGCCCCCGCCCGCCGAGGAGGACGGUGAGGGAGGUGGGGCCAAGGAGGGGGCGCGCAGCGGGCUGUGCGUGGGGGUCCAGCGCUGUGCCCACCUGGCCGCCAUGGACGUCAACGGCUUCUCCGACCCCUACGUCAAAACAUACCUUAAGCCAGACCUACACAAGAAAUCCAAGCACAAAACCGCUGUCAUAAAAAAGACUCUCAACCCAGAAUUUAAUGAGGAGUUUUUCUAUGAGAUCUCUCUCUCAGAGCUGAGAAAUAAGACAUUGGAGGUCACAGUCUGGGACUAUGACCUGGGCAGGUCUAAUGACUUUAUAGGUGGAGUGUCUCUGGGCUGUCAAUCGCAGGGAAAUGCACUCAGACACUGGAUGGACUGUCUGAAUAACAAAGGAAAGAAGGUGGAGCGGUGGCACACGCUGACCAAUGAGCUGCCAAGAUCCACCUACCAUGACUGAAUUGACAGGACACACCGUCUUUCCAUUGGCCACGAUUGACUUCAGAAGUGAAGCGUAAAGGGUGCAAGUGGCUGGGAUACACAUGCAAUUACCACAGAGAGACCGUUGAAGUUUUGUCUCUGCAUGUUACAGUUUAUGAUGCAUUGCGAUCUAUCACUGAGACUUUUCCCUUCCAGACUUCGU